UCCCUUUUCCUCCCGUCCAUUUCCUGCACUCGCUGCUUGCAACUGCCCCACGGAAGAAAAAAAAGUAUUCGCAGAACAAAAAUUCUCCGUUGUUUCCGAAUUUUCGAUCCAGUCCGCGCGCCGCCGGAUCGGAUGCCGGAAGCGGAGGCCGCCGCCGCCGUAUCCGGUCUUUGAAGUGCACGAGGAGCUGACCCCAUCUGGAGAAAUCCUAGUGUAGGAGUCGGUGCCUAUUUGAGUGUUUUGUCGCCUCCGUAGUUGUAGGCAAAAUGGACGGGGAAGUUGCUAGCAACGUGGCGCUUGAUUCUGCUGUGUUCCAUGUGAACUUAACCAAAAACAGGUAUGAGGCAAUUGCUUGUAGCGAAGAGAGUGCUGAAUCGGUAGCAUCUGGUCCUUUUGAUCAACUAGUACUGCACUUGGAAGAUGCCAAAAACUUCCAAUCUCGUUCAUCAAGUGGCUCAUUUAAGCUGUUAUUGGCUGGAGAUGCAAGACGCUCUACCUGGUUCACAAAAUCCACCUUAGAGAGAUUCCUUCAUAUCAUAAAUUCGCCCGAUGCACCAAAAACAGCGAAUGGAAUUUUACAGGAGAUGUCUCAGCUGGAGGAAACCAGAAAAUUUCAUGAUUCUCUUUACUCCAAGGAGCAACAAAGUCUUAUGGGUGGUGCUCUUACAGGAGGUCUCUUCAGUACCAUUGGCAUACCACAACAGGGAAAUGUUGGCCCAAACUCCUCCGUGGCUACAAAGAAUGAAUUACUUCGAGCACUGGAUUUGAGGCUGUCAGCACUGAAAGAAGAGAUCCUGGUCUUAUUGAGUCGAGCAGUUGGCUCUAAUUUGUCAAAUAAAGAAAUAUCAAAUUUGUCUACUUUUGUUCAGCAUUUCGGGACAUCAGAGUUUAGUUGGUUGAUGCGUUGCCUACUGUUGAUCCGGGAUUGCCAGCCCUCUGUGCUCGCUCAACAGAAAGAUUCCACUGCUGAGCGACAUGAUGAUGCACUUGAGGUUCGCGAUAUCAGCUCCCACACCAAUAUCCAGAGACCUAUUACCAAUAAUGUCUCUCCAGCAAAGCUUGCACAAGUUGAACGUAAAAUGUCAAUGGAAAGCGAUGAUUCCUCCGAGUCCAGUGAUGAAGAGGAGCCUGUUGUUGAAAGAAGCCGGCCUCUUAUGAGAUCUGCCUCUCCUAGGAGGUCUGCUUCUCCAAUGAGAAGGGUUCAAAUUGGGAGAUCGGGAUCUCGUCGGUCAACGCCAAUUGCCAUCAAGAGCCUCAGCUACUUCCCUCCUAGCCAGAGAGUUGCUUUGGACAAAGAUGACGAAAGCAGCUGCAAUGGUGAAACGGACCAGCCGCCAAGGAGAUCUGACAACAACAUAAGAAGGAUGAGCGUGCAAGACGCAAUUAGCCUUUUUGAGAACAAGCAAAAGGGUCCGAAUCCGGAUUCUGAAAGUAAGAAAGCUGGCUUGGUUGCUACCAAAUCAGUACUACGCAGGUGGAGUUCAGGAAUGGGUGACUCUUUGAAUAGUAGUAUGUCAGAAGAAAAAACCUCAGAUUCUACAUCUCAAACUAAAUCCAACAGUAUGGCUCCUAACGAAGAGAAGAAUGAAGCGGAAUUACAGGUCGAGACAGAUGCAGCGCCAAGCAGUGUUGUCGCACCCGAGGUAGGAAGUUACGAUGGCGAUGGUCAUGGCAUCGCAGGGUCAGAAAUGGAAAAUAUGGUGUCACACCAUACAAAUAUUUCUUCUGAGCAUUCUGGACAGGAGUCAAACAGUGACAGGGCAAUGGCCUCUGCUGAGUGGAACCGUCAGAAGGAAGCCGAACUUAACCAAAUGUUAAUGAAAAUGAUGGAGGUCAUGCCUGGAAAAUUCGCAGGAGCCAAUGUCACUGCUGCUGGGCUCAUUUCUGCAAAUGAGAAGAAAGGUGGACAGCAAAGAGAGAAGCGAGACACAAAAGUUCGCACCGAGAAAGGUGGAAAGCGACCAGCAAAGGAGGCGAACACCAAGCUCUUAAAGGAAUCAGUUGGCCAGAACACCAAGCCCCUCAAGGAACAGAACAAAGCAGCAGUUACCCCGAAAGCCAGCACCAUAACAGAGAAACGUAAUUCACCUGUUCCUCAAAGGCCCCGGAGAAAUUCGUCACCUCCAGUCUUGCCAAAGGAAGUGGCAUCAAAGACACCAGCCAAAAGGAGUUCCCCAAAACCAUCACCUGCACCAGCUACCCGUAGUUCAUGGUCUGGGUCUCUUACUAAAGCAACUACUAGUACUGCACAGAAAACUAAGAGCUCUCCUGGAGCGGCUUCAACAUUGACGCCAACUAGCCGGAGAAGGGCCGUGACAACACCACCAUCAUCUCAGCCGGUGUCAAAGGUGGAAAAAACCCUUCAUCCAGUGAAGAACAAGAAAGAACCCGUGACUGCCGCAAAGCCAGCCAUUAAGGUGCAUGAAGAGAAGAAGACAAGGACAUCAACAAAGCCGAGCAGAGUGCCUAAAAGUUCACCUGCUUCAGAAGAAAAAUCAAGUGCAACAACAAAGUCAAGCUUGUACAACAAGGUCCCCAAAAAAAGCAGUGUUGUACCACUAGAAUCCAAACCUGUGAAGAAAGCCACUGGGAUUAGUCAGGGUGGCCAGUUUCAUUCACAUUUGUAA